AGCGGCCGCGGGCUCGCACCGCGCGCGGCCGCGGGGCCGCCGCCCGGCUCGCCGGGGGGAAGGCGCGCGCGCAGGUCACCGCCGGCCACGCGGCGCCAUGUCCCUGGCGCAGCUCCUCAGCCUUGGUAAGAACGACGCUAGCUCAGAGCUCAUCCCAUCGAGCACAUACGAGCCACCGCCAGAGAAGCCCAAGAAGGAGCCGCCUCCCUCGGAGGCGAAGCCGGCCAUCAACCAGGAUGAGCUGAAGCUCGCGCAGGAGCUGGUCAUGGCCCAGGAGAAGGUUCUCCAGGAUGCCGCCGAGCAGAGGGUGAAGGAGCAGGAAGCCAUAGAGAAGCAGGCUUUCGACGAUGCUGCGAAAGCAGCGGCCAAGCGUGCAGAGGCACUGAAAGCCCAGAAGAUUGGAAGCAAUCCUUUCAGCACUGGCGGAAAAGGAGACUUCAAGCCCGGGCAGUGGGUUUGCGAUGCCCUGCCCGGGGCCAGCAGGCCCAUCGGAGGGCUGUCGAACGCCCGCGCAACAACAAUGGGCGUGGUUCGGCCACCAUCGGUUCUUCGCCAGAUCCAGUCUGCUCUUUUGUGCUUCCCUCGAGCGGUGCAGGGAGGCAGAGGCCGGAGAGCACUGAUUCUACGCACAUCGUAGGUGUCUAGUUCUUGCAUGGGGACCUAUCGAGUUUGAAGGUUCUGGCAUCCCUUCGUCUCCCAAUAUUUCUUGGAAGGGUGAGGCAUUGACGUAGUCAGCAAUGAGCACGCUUAGACAACAACGAUGUGUGCACCAAUGUGGUCCUCCCAUGAACUCUCCUCCCGCACGCUUCUUGUGGAGUGUGGGGGAGGUGGGGGAAGGGGACAGAGAGAGGGAUAUGGACCACGCUGGUGUGUAGAAUAGGGGCCUCCUGCGAGGGUACAGCAUGGCGUGGUAGGCAGCAGUGGGGAACCUUGCAGUUGGAAGCGAGUGUGCAUGUUCGGAGUACUUGGUCCGCUAUCAGCAAUGCUUGCAGCAAGAGGGUGUGCACGAGCAGACAUGCGAGCAUUAGGAAGGGCAGAUGCAGAACCGAAUUGUUAUCUGACAGGGCCAAAGGCGAGUGAACCAGCCCACUCCUUGCUUCCAGACUUUCUACAUGUUUCUUUCCGUGUAUUGGCUACAUGGCUACACAUUGAUUUUAGUGUUCAGGCUUUCCCCAGAUCCAGCAGUAAAUGAUAAGGAUGGCAGUGGAUCCUUGCAUUCGAUCUUACAAGCCUUCCGUAGCUUGCUUGUGGAAGGCUCAUGUUUAAAUUUGAUGUGCGAGGCUUUAUGGCAGAGAAUGAGCGGGAGGAGAAAGGAGGGAGGAAGAGUUAGGAGGGAGCUGACCAGGCUACGUGCUUUGGUGGGUCCACUCUUUUCGGGGGAAGCGGUACUAGCAAUGCCACGUCACUGGCGGCAGGGCUCGGUAGACAAGAGGCUCAGAGGGCUAUUGGGAGAUACGCUUUCCGAGCUCGGGUGAUGAGUGCGGGACCCUGGCGGCUCUCAAACGGGGUCUCUUGGAAGUGUCCAGAGGAGGCCAGAUGUCGUUUCGCGAUCGUGGGGGCCUCUUUGGAUCAGGAGGCAGUGGGAACACAUGGUUCGCGGGACUGCCGGCGGCGUCCCCAGGCUAUGGCUUUCGCCCAACACGACGGUAGUCUGCUUUCAGUUGUCGUUGCAAUGUAGUGGCAUGUGUCUCGCCUUGGUUGUCACAUCAUUCUCCAAAGCUGUCUCUGCGUCCGAAGGCCUCUUCAAUGCUGCGCGUGCGUCCGUGGCACCACACGCGAUGACGAAGGCAUGUGGCAUGCACGCGCACGCUGGUAUCCGGGAUGUGCUGCAUGUGUCACCUUACCCUUUGCUGGUAUGGGGCUCUGAGAAUCUCUGCCACCCUCCAUUGUUCAGCGCGUAGUGUUUGUUGGAGGCUUCAUGUGGGAUGCUCGCUAGAAUCGGCAGUGGCCAGCAUGACGAUGUGCAUGCACGCGCGGCAGCAUUGGGAAAGGUGUGGAGUCACUUUCCGAAGCAUUCGCUUGGAGAACUUCAGAGCCAGUUGUCGAUCGCCGUGGUCAUUACGUACAUGUUGGUUGCUGUUUCUAGUGUGAGCAUGUAUUGUAGCCCCUGCCAAGGAGCUUCCCUCUCAGCAGGCCCUCUCCCCCCCAGGUUCAGUAGGUCCAGAGCCUAGCAGGACCCGAGGAUGCAUCGGAGCACGGGCCCUCCUCCUCCUCCUACUCCUGCUGCCUCCUUUCCCCUCCGUCCCUCCCUCUCCUCUUCCUUUCCCCCCUCUUCCAUCCCUUUCUCCUC